GACACGCAGAGAGACAGAGGGAGCCUGAAUUAACAGCAGCAGACUUGAGCACUUCCUUAAACACCAUUGAAGAUUUUUGAAGUCGGGAAAACCGUGCUUUAAAAACCAAAAGCUCGCGACAAACUAGAGGACACUUUCCAGCUCAGCGGAAGAGGAGGCUUAGGUGAGUGGUCACCAUGGCACCCUUCCUGCGUAUCGCCUUUAAUGCUUAUGAUGUGGGCACUCUGCCUCCUCUGUCUGACCCUCCCAUCUGUGCCAUCAAGAUGAAGGAGUCUGUCAACACAGAGCGAGGAAAGACCUUGGUCCAGAGAAAGCCAACCAUGUAUCCAGCCUGGAAGUCCACUUUUGAUGCUCACAUCUAUGAGGGGCGUGUCUUAGAAGUGGUCCUCAUGCAGAGUGCUGAGGAGCCAUUAGCCAAGGCCACGGUUGGCGUGUCUGUUCUGGCAGAACGCUGUAAGAAGUCAAAGACCAGCGGCCAUGCUGAGUUCUGGGUGGACCUACAUCCUUCAGGAAGGGUCCAGAUGGCUGUACAGUUCUUCCUAGAGGAUACUGAUGCAGUGUCGGCACAGGCAUCAGUGAAGGUUUCUCCUGAGGAUGGACUCACGACCCUCAACAGGAGGAGAGGAGCGUUCAAGCAGCCCAAGAUUCACGUCAUCAAGAACCACGAGUUCACCGCCACCUUCUUCGGCCAGCCCACUUUCUGCUCUGUCUGUAGAGAGUUUGUCUGGGGGCUCAACAAGCAAGGUUACAAGUGCAGACAAUGUAAUGCAGCAAUCCACAAGAAGUGCAUCGACAAAAUCAUCGGCAGGUGCACUGGGACAGCGACAAACAGUCGUGACACUAAGUUCCAGAAAGAGCGCUUCAAGAUUGAUAUGCCGCAUCGCUUCAAACACUACAACUAUAAGAGCCCCACUUUCUGUGACCACUGUGGCAGUCUGCUAUGGGGUCUCUACAGACAGGGCCUUAAAUGUGAAGACUGUGCCAUGAACGUACAUAGUUACUGUCAGAAGAAAGUGGCCAAUCUGUGUGGAAUCAACCAGAAACUUCUGGCAGAGGCUCUGUCUCAAAUCAGCCAGAAACCCUCAAAGAAGGGUGAUGACUCCAAUGCAUCAGAUAUCGGGAUCUAUCAAGCCAUCCCUAGUGCAAAACCAGAUCCUAGUGCAGAUGGCAAAGACAAGGAAGGGGGCUUGAGCCCAGCCCAAACUGCAUCUACAGUCCCCCGGGUACGCCUCAACAUGAACCACCUGGUAUUCCACAAGGUGCUGGGAAAAGGCAGCUUUGGCAAGGUGCUGCUGGCGGAGCUGAAGGGGCGGGGCCAGUACUUUGCAGUUAAGGUUCUGAAAAAGGACGUCGUUCUCAUGGAUGAUGAUGUGGAGUGCACCAUGGUGGAGAAGAGAGUGCUGGCCCUCGCCUGGGAGAACCCAUUCCUCACACACCUCUACUCCACAUUCCAGUCUAAAGAGCACCUCUUCUUUGUAAUGGAGUACCUGAAUGGGGGCGACUUGAUGUUCCACAUCCAAGUCAAUGGCCGCUUUGAUCUCAUCAGAGCCCAAUUCUAUGCUGCCGAGAUAAUAGUAGGACUGCAGUUCCUCCACUCACAAGGAAUCAUCUACAGAGAUCUGAAGCUGGACAAUGUGAUGCUGGACAAGGACGGACACAUAAAGAUAGCGGACUUUGGCAUGUGCAAAGAGAAUGUGCUUGGAGACGUCAGAGCCACCACAUUUUGCGGGACACCAGACUAUAUCGCACCAGAGAUCUUGCUGGGACAGAAGUACACCUUCUCUGUCGACUGGUGGUCUUUUGGUGUGCUGGUGUACGAGAUGCUGAUCGGUCAGUCACCUUUCCAAGGCGAUGAUGAGGAUGAGCUGUUUGAGUCCAUCAGGUCGGACACACCUCACUACCCUCGCUGGAUCACAAAGGAGGCCAAGAACCUGAUUGAACUGUUGUUUGAGCGAGAUCCCAGUCGCAGGUUGGGUGUGGUGGGUGACAUCCGUGCCCAUCCGUUCUUCAAAACCAUCAACUGGCCAGCGCUGGAGAGGAGAGAGGUGGAUCCUCCUUUUAAGCCCAAAGUGAAAUCCCCCAGCGACUGCAGCAACUUUGACCGAGAGUUCCUGAGUGAGAAGCCGCGGCUCUCCCACGCGGACAAGAACCUCAUCGAUUCGAUGGACCAGGCAGCGUUUGAUGGCUUUUCUUUUGUCAACCCCAGACUGGAAAACAUGAUAAGCAAAUGAAAGACAACUAAAUGGCUCCUCUGGGAACACCGUGUCAGCCCAGCACUUUGAAAUAGGCUCUUAUCCUAUUCCCUUUAUCUUAAUAAGGUCUAAGUUCAACUGGAUGGAUAACAAGUACAUAAAAAGAUUUGGGCUUGACGAUGACUGCUUUAGUUGCUCUUUCAGAGCGAGAGAUAACAUGAAACCAGAAUGUUUGCUAGUGUCUAAAGCAAUAAUAUUGUCUUUGUUGUAAACUGUAUAGGUGUAUAAAAUAAUAUAAAGCUCCAGGAAAUUAAGGGAGAUUCCUAUGAAACAGUGGUUUCCAUAAUCAAGGCUGGGGGGUAUUCAAUAAUGCAUUCUGUCUUUUCUUACUUUUGUCAAUUUUCCUCAUAAUGACUCAUAAUAAUAAUUUUUAUUCUUUAUGAAUCAUCUAAUGUACUGUAUCCGAAAAUUUGAAUUUACAAGAACAAGCAUGACACCAUUAUUCAGUUAAAAAAAUCUGUACACCCACCAUUACAUAUGCAAGUCAAAAGAGUUCAGUGGUACAUAAGAUAUUUACUCUCACUCAGUGCACUUUGCUUGCUGCAUGCCUCCCAUUACACCCCACCUGUGUGUGUGUGUGUGUGUGCGUGUGUGUGCGUGUGUGUGCAUGCAUGUGUAUGUGCAUGCAUGCAGAUAUUGUUUAGAUGCAAAUGGUGCUACUGUAGUCGGAAACAUCGUCUGUUGUUGAAUGAGUCCUCAGUUGAUAUCUGGCAGACAGGCAUCAUAGAAAGAACUGUGCUAUGAAGAUGGGGUGAUUUAAAUACCUCUAAAACUGAAGUCAUGUUAUUGCCGAAGUGAAUAGUUUCCUGCACUGUCUUGAGAAAUUGGAGGUGCUCUCAGCACAUCCCAGAGUCUCACAUAACCUCAAAAUUGUUAAUCUUUUUUUUUCUUCUUAAAUUUAGCACAGGAUUUCUACAUGGCAGUGCCAUUGGUGUCAAACUUCUCGCUGUAAAUCAAACUGAGGCACAGUGUGCACAAUCAUUCCAUA